AUGGACGUGAAACCCCUAAAGGUGUUAUACUUCCACAUAAUAAUUCAGAAAACUUAUCCACCUAAUGAAUCAGAGACAUCAUUCCUCUCACUUACACCGAAUAAGUUUAUGCAUUCAACGAUCAUAGAUGACUGUAGAAGAAAAGUCGAGAGUUGUAUUACAAAUACUACAUCAUCUAUUGACCUGAUCAUAGAUGUGAAUAGAGGAACUUUGAUGUCGCAUGAGGCAAAAUGUUUCACUUCGGAUACGGAUAAUUUACAAGCCACACCUACACCAACAGUGUCAAUACAACCUUCUGAGAAAGAAGAGAAUAUUUCCUCUAGUCAAACAUUGGGAUGUACUGUUGAAUCAAAUGUACAGUUCAAUUCAAUCCCUGAAAAUCCUAAUGUAUUAAAAUGGGAUUAUACUAGAGAUUUGUCUUCGAAUCACCUAGAUGUUUCAAGAAUUCAUUCAUGUUGCAGUCAUUCUUGUCAUCCUUUAAAUUAUUAA